UGGUGCACCUGGAUCAAAGAAGAUCCAGGUGCCACCAAUAUUACACAUUAGAAUACUAAUUUUAAUCGAUCGAUCAUUCAAAUAAUUACUCAUUUUGUGUCCAUUCAAGAAGUCACCUUUUCAAGUAGCGAGGUAGCAGGAUGUUAGAUACAUCAGAACACCUAUUCAACUUCGUUCCUUUGGCAUCAUCCCAAACUCAAAGUCAGAGUGAACGGGAGUCAGGGGUGAGACGUCUGUCCUUGGGGGUCAAGAGGAAGGCAACACCCGUUUACUCGUUUAUCAAAAAACCACAUCGGAAUGGAGGUACAAAAGUCAUCAAAAUAGAAAUUUACGACAGUAACAAAUUGAAUGAGAACUUUGAACAUAUAUGUAAAUGUAAUGCCGAGCUGUGUGCCCAAUAUGUAGUGAAAAAUACGUUAUUAGACCAAGUUUACGAAUUAACGCGUAGAGUAAUUGACAAGAUAGACGAAGGUUUGUCCUCAGAUACGCCACAUGGGUACACCAUCGAAUAAGGGUACAAUUUAAUGUGAUUGUGUAAUAUGAACAUAGUUCUUAAGUUAAUAAACAUUAUAAAAGUA